GUAAAGUGGAGAGGGAGCCUAAGGGGAAGUUCAGUGUUCCUGUUCUGGAUGUGAAGAGUCGACAGCUGGUCCUGGAGGCCAACCAGACGCUGACGAUCCACUGCAGGUGAGUCUGGGGCAGGUAGUACAGGAGGUUGCUUAGGGGAGGACGGCUCAUAAACAUGUCCGGAAUGGAGCAAAUGGAAUAGCAUCAAACACAUUGUUUCCAUACCCUUUCACAUAUUCCGCUCUAGUCAUUACCAUGAGCCCAUCCUCCCCAAUUAAGGUGCCACUGAUUCUGGCCAGAUGAGCUUUUAUAUCAGGGACGUCAAUCUCAUUUUGCCCCAUGGGCCACAUUCUGUCUUCACCGAGGUCCGUAGGGCCGCACUUCAAAUGUGUUAUAUUUCCUUGCAAAAGAUUGGGCUCCCUGACUGUCUAGCAUUCGUUAGAUGACGGUUAGCUAGCUGGACAGAGUGAAGAGACUGUAAAUGUAGGUCCAUUAUCAUUUUUACACAGUUUCAAUGUAGUUUUAGUAAUUUAAAUGUCGUAAUUUAAAUGUUUUUAUUUUUUUUUAUUUUUUUUGCUCAAACCACCUCGCGGGACAGAUUGAAUGGGCUUGCGGGCCGGAUCAAGCCCGCGGGCCGUAUGUUUGACACCCCUGUUUUAUAUGGACCAGUUUAUGGUCAGCUUUUCAGAAGUUGAGGUGCGAUGAGAGAGAUGGAAUGUUUUAUACCAUUUUACCUUUGGCCAAUCAGGGGUCGGUGGGAGCUGUCGUGGGCGUUCCCUGGAGGUGUGGCCAGAGAUCAGGAGAGGCUGCGAUUGGAGGAUUAUCGCUGUGGGAGGCAGAGCCAGCAUUACUGCAGCCAACUGACGCUUAGCUCCGCCCAGGCCCAGCACACAGGAUCGUUCCGGUGUCGGUACAGCCAACGGACGCGCAGGCAGAGCGCUGUCUAUGUCUAUGUCACAGGUAAGACGCGCCAGGUAGCAUCUAACAACUACCAACUCACUCUGGGAUUCGCUCAUUGCAGUGUCUUGUACUCCCAAGUCUCUGUCAGAGCCACUCACAAAUGCUAGAGGUCAGAAAUGGGAAUCAGGUUUAGGAUAUGAAUCCUCUAUAUCUGUCUCUUUCUCACUCUGAUUCUCUCUGUUAAACUCUCUCUCUCUCUUUCUCAAUCACACUUUUUCUCUUUCUGUCUCUUUCUCUCUUUUUCUCUCUCUUUCUCUCUUUCUCUCUCCCCCUCUAACCCCUCUAACCCCUCCCUCUCCCCCCUCUCUCUCUCUCUCUCUCUCUCUCUCUCUCUCUCUCUCUCUCUCUCUCUCUCUCGCUCUUUCUCUCUCUCUCUCUCUCUCGCUCCCUCCCCCCUCUCUCUCUAAUGGAGUGGUCAGUCAGUCUCUUUCUCUCUCUGUCUCUGUCUCAAUGUUUAUAGGUUCAGGUUAAACAGGAUGUAGUUGGUGCUAAAUACAGACCAAUGUCAGAGAGACAAUUAUAUCUAAACACUGUUUGUCCCAACAACACAUCCUUCGUAAUGACUCUGGCACAGUUUCUCCCUGCUAGCCUGUCUCUUUUCUUAGCCUCUCUCUCCCAGGUCUAUAUAUAAAAACCUUUUUACUUUCGUUUACGUGCUACCUCGGGGCCAGGAAUAGCCCAGCUGCUGAAAGGCUCAGGUUUAGGCAGAGUUUCCCAGGGGGGGGGGGGGAGUAAGACAUUUAAGCAUGUUAACCCUCUCAAGGCUGCCGGCCCAGAUGGCAUCCCUAGCCGCGUCCUCAGAGCUUGUGCAGACCAGCUGGCUGGGGGGGGGGAUGAAGGCCAGGCAGGAUCCAGGGCCAUCCAGGGGCAGAGGAGGCACAGUGACAGCCCUGUCUGCCCCUCUCUGCCCUUCCCUGUCCUGAGUAGGCUGGCUGAGCAUGGAGCUGGGCCGGGGGCCAGAGGAGUGAGAGGAGCCAGGGUCACAGGGUAGGGCUACUGUUUGGCCAACAGGACCCCUGGGGUCCAUCAAUCGCUCCGGCCACCACGACCAUUAGGCGUCCGACUCCAUUGCCCGCUCUGCUCUCACCCUCCGGUCCCUCCUGCAACCUCGCUAGCUCCUUUAUAUGGAAUCAAAGCAGCAGGAGGAAGCCCUGUAGUCCAGGCCACUAGUCCUUUGGGUACUUUUGUUCAGAGAUUAUGCUUUCCUUGAAUAACACAGUACAGUAGCUGACAAACAAUGAGGUGAGCUCCACCCACCCACGUCUUUCAAUGGCACAGUGAUAUUAGAGCACAGGGAAGAAACGCAAUGUAUCUGGAAGGAACACUGGCUUUUUGAUAACCUCUAAACAAUCUGUGUGUGUUUAUUGUUGACUCCAGAUCAAUGUUUGCUGAAUGGUAUUUUGUAUGGGUGGGUGGGUGGGUGGGUGGGUGGGUGUGUGUGUGUGUGUGUGUGUGUGUGUGUGCAUGUGUGUGCUUAUUGUUGAUUGUUUUCUGCUGAAUAGCCAUCUAUACAAUACGUGAUUAUGAGGGUGUGCUUGCAUGCGUGCGUGCGUGCGUGCGUACAUGAGUAUGCACACGUGAUGUUGUGUUCUGUGACAUCUGUCUGUGUGUACCUGUGAUGCGUGUGUGUGUGUCUGUGACAUGUGUGUCUGUGCGUGUCCAUGUGCGUGUGUGUAGCUAUCCCUAACCUCAGUGUUGUGGUUUCAGACAGACAGCAGCCAUUUGUGGAGGAGCAGAUUGACAGUCCAGACGUGGUGUAUAUGAAGGAGAGCCAGCCACUGGUCUUCCCCUGUAGGGUCACCAACCCUGACGCCACCGUCUCAUUGGUCAAGGUGAGUUCCCUUCACCCUGGCACCCAAUCAGAUUCUCUGACACACACACACACACACAAACACCAGACCCGGCAGCAGACCCGGCUUGCGUGUUCACAAUUUAUUUAAUGGCUGUAUUUGUAAAGACCAUAGGCAGCUCGUGAGUUUCAAGUUCGGGGAAGCUUACGAUUUAUCCUACCAUUUCUACCGAUCUUCCAUAAUUUUUAUAUGCUCAUUUUCUUGGAACAGUUUCAUUUCAAUAAUAAUAAUUUUGUUUCUCAAAAUCAUUGGUUAAUCAUAAAAAUCGGAAGUAAAAUGAUAAAAAUCUAAAAGUUAAAAUGAAACUAUGGCGAGAGCGCCAGCCACUUCCAUAUGGACACAUUGAUACACUGUGAUCCAUUGGCGGCUAAAGAAAUGAGCUCAUAGAACUCAGAGAUGGCCUAUAGGCCAAUGCAGCGGUAGGCCUGUAACUUCCAUCGUCAAGUAAGUAAAAUACAUAGUCCUAAAGCUGACAAAUAGAAACAGUAGAAAAUAUCCUGAUAAAUUCUGGUUCUUUCAAUCACAUUCAUCUCUCUUCUCCGCCUGUCUGCCUCCCUUUCUAUCUGUGUUGACUUGAGCUAUUGCUAGUGAAGUGCAACAUUGUGUCAAAUCAUCACUGAAUCUGGCCAAAAGCUGUUGCUAGAAAACUUGCCACAUUGUAUCAACUAGUCUAUUCCGGGCCCUCAGAGUUUCCUGCGCCAGUGAGCUCGGGACAUAAAGCUGUUUUUUAUGACGUUUCCACUGGCUAUAUGGGAACAUUUCCACUGGCUAUAUGGGAACGUUUCCACUGGCUAUAUGGGAACGUUUCCACUGGCUAUAUGGGAACGUUUCCACUGGCUAUAUGGGAACGUUUCCACUGGCUAUAUGGGAACGUUUCCACUGGCUAUAUGGGAACGUUUCCACUGGCUGUAUGGGAACGUUUCCACUGGCUAUAUGGGAACGUUUCCACUGGCUAUAUGGGAAUGUUUCCACUGGCUAUAUGGGAACGUUUCCACUGGCUGUAUGGGAACGUUUCCACUGGCUGUAUGGGAACGUUUCCACUGGCUAUAUGGGAAAGUUUCCACUGGCUAUAUGGGAACGUUUCCACUGGCUGUAUGGGAACGUUUCCACUGGCUGUAUGGGAACGUUUCCACUGGCUAUAUGGGAAAGUUUCCACUGGCUAUAUGGGAACGUUUCCACUGGCUGUAUGGGAACGUUUCCACUGGCUGUAUGGGAACGUUUCCACUGGCUAUAUGGAAACGUUUCUCCUGGCUAUAUGGGAUCAUCAGAUCAUGAUAUUUUGCUCUUUCACACCGAGGCUUGGUGAUUAUCGAGGGGGAGAUUGUUGGAAAGAUUUUUCUAAUACUAAGGAACUAUCAUUUGCAAUGGAUGUUAAAAAACAGACUUCAUUGACUUGUGUGAGACGAAGAAAAAAUUAGUGGUGAGUUAAGACAAUCAGCAAUCACACAUUGCCAAAUGGGCACAUUCCUACAUAUACAUUCGUUCUGGAGGGAGACGCACCAUAUCUCCAGCACACACCCCUCCCCUUCUUUUUGACGCAACAUUUUAAAUUAUACCCAAGACACAUUAUCCUCACACAUACAGUGAGGGAAAAAAGUAUUUGAUCCCCUGCUGAUUUUGUACGUUUGCCCACUGACAAAGACAUGAUCAGUCUAUAAUUUUAAUGGUAGGUUUAUUUGAACAGUGAGAGACAGAAUAACAACAACAAAAUCCAGAAAAACGCAUGUAAAAAAUGUUAUAAAUUGAUUUGCAUUUUAAUGAGGGAAAUAAGUAAGGUAUGUGGAAACCUGCUCGUCGAACAUCUCAUUCCAAAAUCAUGGCAUUAAUAUGGAAUUGGUCUCCCCUUUGCUGCUAUAACAGCCUCCACUAUUCUGGGAAGGCUUUCCAUUAGAUUUUGGAACAUUGCUGCGGGGACUUGCUUCCAUUGAGCCACAAGAGCAUUAGUGAGGUCGGGCACUGAUGUUAGGCAAUUAGGAAUGGCUCGCAGUCGGCGUUCCAAUUCAUCCCAAAGGUGUUAGAUGGGGUUGAGGUCAGGGCUCUGUGCAGGCCAGUCAAGUUCUUCCACACCAAUCUCGACAAACCAUUUCUGUACAGAUCUUGCUUUGUGCUUGGGGGGAUUGUCAUGCUGAAACAGGAAAGGGCCUUCCCCAAACUGUUGCCACAAAGUUGGAAGCACAGAAUCGUCUAGAAUGUCAUUGUAUGCUGUAUGUAGCGUUAAGAUUUCCCUUCACUGGAACUAAGGGGCCUAGCCCGAACCAUGAAAAACAGCCCUAGACCAUUAUUCCUCCUCCAUCAAACUUUACAGUUGGCACUAUGCAUUAUGGCAGGAAGCGUUUCCUGGCAUCCGCCAAACCCAGAUUCAUCCGUCGGACUGCCAGAUGGUGAAGCGUGAUUCAUCACUCCAGCAGUUUCCACUGCUCCAGAGUGCAAUAGCAGCGAGCUUUACACCACUCCAGCCGACGCUUGGCAUUGCGCAUGGUGAUCUUAGGCUUGUGUGCGGCUGCUCGGCCAUGGAAACCCAUUUCAUGAAGCUCCCGGCGAACAGUUUUUGUGCUGACGUUACUUCCAGGGGCAGUUUGGAACUCGGCAGUGAGUGAUUUUUCUUCAGCACUCGGGGGUCCCGUUCUGUGAGCUGCAGAAAUUUGACGAACUGACUUGUUGGAAAGGCGGCAUCCUAUGACGGUGCCACAAUGAAAGUCACUGAGCUCUUCAGUAAGACCAUUCUACUGCCAAUGUUUGUCUAUGGAGAUUGCAUGGCUGUGUGCUCGAUUUUAUACACCUGUCAGCAAUGGGUGUGGCUGAAAUAGCCAAAUCCACUCAUUUGAAGGGGUGUCCACAUACAAUCAGCUAGACCUAUUGACAUGCGCAAGCUAAUGAUAUUCUAUGGCUGACAAUUUACUUUAGGGCACUGCAGCAUUCUAACAGCGCACUGUUCACCUGCCAACUUUCCUUUCCAAUUCGCAAGAGGCUGAAACCAGAGAUCUGUAUAUAAUGACGAGAUGCUAAUGUCUCCGCCUGACAAUGGGAGUCUUUGUCCCAAAGGUGGGAAGGCAGGCGAGAAGCUUAGGUCUUCAUAUUAUUCCCAUAGAAACACAUUGGGCUUAUACUGGACAGAUUUUGGCGAGAGUGAGCCCUCUCGCUUAGCCUCUUCCUCUCUGCUGAAACUAUAUCACCGGAGAAAGCAUCCGAGCGAGCAAAACAGCGCCCCUCUACAGUGCAUUCGGAAAGUAUUCAGACCCCUUGACUUUCUCCACAUUUUGUUAUGUUACAGCCUUAUUCUAAAAUGAAUUAAAUAAAUGUUUUUCCUCAUCAAUCUACACACAAUACCCCAUAAGGACAAAGCAGAAACAGGUUUUUCGAAUAAAAUAAAUAAAUCAUUAAAAACUUAUUUACAUAAGUAUUCAGACCCUUUGCUAUGAGACUCGAAAUGGAGCUCCAGUGCAUUCUGUUUCCAUUUAUCAUUCUUGAGAUGUUUCUACAACUUCAUUGAAGUACACCUGUGGUAAAUGCAAUUGAUUGGACAUGAUUUGGAAAGGCACACACCUGUCUAUAUAAGGUCCCACAGUUGACAGUGCAUGUCAGAGCAAAAACCAAGCCAUGAGGUUGAAGGAAUUGUACGUAGAGCUCCGAGACAGGAUUGUGUCAAGGUACAGAUUUGGGGAAGGGUACCAAAACAUUUCUGCAGCAUUGAAGGUCCCCAAGAAUACAGUGGCCUCCAUCAUUCUUAAAUGGAAGAAGUUUGGAACCACCAAGACUCUUCCUAGAGCUGGCCGCCCGGCCAAACGGAGCAAUCAGGGGAGAAAGGUCUUGAACCCGAUGUUCACUCUGACAGAGCUCCAGAGUUCCUCUGGGGAGAACCUUCCAGAAGGACAUCCAUCUCUACAGCACUCCACCAAUCAGGCCUUUAGGGUAGAGUGGCCAGACGGAAGCCGCUCCUCAGUAAAAGGCACAUGACAGCCCGCUUGGAGUUUGCCAAAAGGCACCUAAAGGACUCUCAGACCAUGAGAAACAAGAUUAUCUGGUCUGAUGAAGCUAAGACUGAACUCUUUGGCCUGAAUGCCAAGCGUCACAUCUGGAGGAAACCUGGCACCAACCCUACGGUGAAGCAUGGUGGUGGCAGCAUCAUGCUGUGGGGAUGUUUGUCAGCGGCAGGGACUGGUAGACUAGUCAGGAUAGAGGGAAAGAUGAACGGAGCAAAGUACAGAGAGAUCCUUGAUGAAAAUCUGCUCCAGAGUGCUCAGGACCUCAGACUGGGGCAAAGGUUCACCUUUCAACAGAACAACAACCCUAAGCACACAGCCAAGACAACGCAGGAGUGGCUUCGGGAUAAGUCUCUGACUGUCCUUGAGUGGCCCAGCCAGAGCCAGGAUUUGAACCCAAUCGAACAUUUCUGGAGAGACCUGAAAAUAGCUGUGCAGUGACAUUCCCCAUUCAACCUGACAGAGCUUGAGAGGAUCUGCAGAGAAGAAUGGGAGAAACUCCCCAAAUACAGGUGUGCCAAGCUUGUAGCGUCAAACCCAAGAAGACUCAAGGCUGUAAUCGCUGCCAAAGGUGCUUCAAUAAAGUACUGAGUAAAGGGUUUGAAUACUUAUGUAAAUGUAAUAUUUCCGUUUUUAAUUUGUAAAUAAUGUGCAAAUAUUUCUAAAAACCUGUUUUUGCUUUGUCAUUAUGGGGUAUUGUGUGUAGAUCGAUGAGGGGAAUAAACUAUUUAAUCAAUUUUAGAAUAAGGCUGUAACAUAACAAAAUGUGGAAAAAGUGAAGGGGUCUGAAUACUUUCCGAAUGCACUGUAUAUGUAGUCCGUGUAUCUGAUGCUGUCUGGCCAGAAAUAGUAUGACAUGCCAUGCUCUUUUGGUCCAGACAGCAUCAGAUACAUGAUCUACACAUACUGAGACAGAAGGGCACUGUUUCGCUCACUCGGAUGUUUUAACUAAGAUUGACCCGUCUUUCUGUUGGCGUGCGUCUCAGUCAAAUAAAUGAUAAAUAUUUCAAUAUUUUAUUUGGAAGGGCAAGGAGGUAUGGUAGUGCGGGCCAGGCCCGCAUAACGCCGGGUUCUGACACACACACACAAAACCUGAAAGAUGUAGUUUAAUAUAUUACUAGAACCUCAAAACAAGUCACAUUCUCCACCUCAGGUACUCAACUUUACAAUCGAAAUUACUCUCCCUUCCACUUAUUCUGAGUGACAGCCUGUUUCUGCUUCAGACAGCUUGUCAGUGUAUUGUCAAACAUGGAAAGACAACAAUGUAGUGUUGUUGUCAGGUACCUAGCUUUUUCCACAACUAGCACUCCUGACUACAUCUUAGAACAAUACACUUCUCUCUGUUUCUCCAUCAGCACUCCAAUCUGUACACAAGUCACAGUCCGGUUGUUUCUCCUAGGACAGAUCAUUGUUCUCAUCUUGGCAACCGUUCUGCCUUGGAGUGUGUGUGUCCGUUUGUUUGUGUCAGUCUGUGGAUACGUGUGAAAGUGUGCGGAUGUGUUUGUGAGUGUUGGUGCCUGAGUGGUGAGUAAGUGAGAGAGUGUGAGGUAAGUGCAAUGAAGUGCAAUUUGUGUGUGUGUGCAUGCGUGGGUGCUGUUUGUGGCAACGUCUCAGUGUGUCAGAGAUGCCUCUUUUUUACUGCUGUGUUCCGAGUCAGCGGCGCCCAUGGUUUCCUCUGUCGUCCUGUUGGCACUGUUGUUACCCCCGGAGACAGGACGUGGGGUCUGGAGUGCCCCCUGUCUCCGCCAACCCUCCCCUCUACUCACACACCCCCCCUCUCCUAAGGCGGUCUGGCUGCCAACCUCCUCCUGAUUCCUUAACCAGCUGGUAUCCUGGCCAGAGGAAGCUGAGGUGCCAGUAGUAAUGGGCUGGACUGACUGGCGCUAGCAAGGCAAGGCAUGCCCCUCAGGCAGAUCUGUUAAGAGUAGUAUUGUACGUAGGUAGCCUCUUCUGUGGCAGAGAUUGCACAGUUUGAUCAAUACAAUUGAACAACAUUCAGGUGAGGGGAGUGGGCUACUGGCAGUUUAUCAGGUUAAUGAAUGAAUUGUCUUUCCAAGGAGAGUUUCAGGAAACGGAAAAAGAGCCAAAGAACCAAACGAACCCCUCAGUCAUCUCUCACUCUCCUCUCGUCCCUGGCUCUCCCUUCAGGAUGUGCCUUGGACCUGACCCUGAAACGAAGCGCGGCAGAACACACACACACUUCACUUCACUUCUGUUUGCUCUCUGUGUUUACUUCCUGCUCCCAUCUCCACACAAAUGCCCGAACCUGAGCCCCGAAGGUAAUUAUUCUAAAAAUACCCCCUGUUCCCUCGUCCCCUCCCUCCCGCCAUCCGUCCCGACCUGGCCCAGCAUUUCGAACCUGGAGUCCACUCCUCACACACACACUCUGUCACACUCUGUCACACACUCUGUCACACACUCUGUCACACUCUGUCACACACUCUGUCACACACUCUGUCAUACACUAUGGAGUGUGUUUUUUUCCUGGAAGGAUUUUGCGCUCUGCCUGGAUCUUUAAUCUGUCCGGCCCACCUCUCAGCAGGGAACAAUUGCCCAGGGGGCCAUUCUUUCUUGCUGCAGCCGUGAAAGUGACCCGGUCGGGCGAGGAGGCGAGGCGAGGGGAGAGGAGGUGUAGUAUGACUUGGGGUCCAAUUCAGUCCAGUCUGAGUGUCUAUAUCCUGUAGUAACAGGAUGUGAGUAGAUGGACUGAAGUCACAUUUCCCACAUCCUGACUUUUCGCUCACCCUCCAACCGCCCUCAACCCAUCUCCACCCUACAGUAACACAAUACUCUUUCUCUACAGCAGUGCUCACCAACCUUUACUGACCACUUCAAGUCACUUUCUGAGUCAAAAUGCAAGCCGAGAUCUACCGCUCAGAUUAUUUUUAAACAUGAUUUACAAAAUUUUACAUUUACAUUUUAGUCAUUUAGCAGACGCUCUUAUCCAGAGCGACUUACAGUUAGCGCAUACAUUAUUUUAUCGAACCCACAACCCUGAAGUUGCAAACGCCAUGCUCUACCAACUGAGCUACAUCCCCUGCCGGCCAUUCCCUCCCCUACCCUGGACGACGCUGGGCCAAUUGUGCGCCGCCCCAUGGGUCUCCCGAUCGCGGCCGGCUACGACAGAGCCUGGAUUCGAACCAGGAUCUCUAGGGGCACAGCUAGCACUGCGAUGCAGUGCCUUAGACCACUGCGCCACUCGGGAGACCCAAAAUGUAAGCCUAUGCAACUUUAAGCAAUUAAAAACAGUUCUGAAGCAGUGAGGUUUGUGCAGUAGGCUAUAGGCCCAAUACAUUAUCACUGCAUUGACUGUGCUUGAAUUACCCUGCCAAUGUUGUUCUUCUCAGACCAUUGACAUUUUAUUUAAAACAUGUAGGUAUAUGAUCACACUGGUAAUAGAUCAUUUGCUGUAUUACUUGUGAGGCACAGCUAAGUAAGCAUAAUAAUUUACUUCUUUUUUUACUGGACUGGUGGCCUGCAUCCAAUGUUCCCUCUAAUUCUUUUCAGCACUGAGCAAAUUUCAGGUCUGCUGAGCGCAAAAUUUGAAAGUUGUGAAAAUUCUGUGCAACUUCCGGCAGGCGUUUACAGUGAACACUGAGGCUGUACCCGCUUUAAAUUACUGUUAUAACAGUGGCCAAGUAGGCUACUGUGGCUAUUUGAUCAUAAUGUAGGCCUACCAGAGUGGCCUAUCAUCAAAAACAAUGGAGAAAAUCGCAUCCCAUAACAUUUUAACAUGGAAAUAGCUGUUCUAUCAUUCAGCCUACAGUAGCAGCCAUUCUGUGGUGUUCAAUGCCUACAUUGCAUGAGACUUUUGAAAAAACAAACAUGCAGGGCUUGAGAUUAACCUGUUUAUCCACUUGUCCUUCAGACAAGGAGGUGACUGAAAAUGUUGUGUUUCAUGCAAGAAACCACUUUACAAAAUAAAAUGUAUUGUUAUUCCCAUACCAUUAUUACAGAGAAUCAGACUAAUUAUGCUAACCUCUGUCUAUUGGCUACUUAGCUUUUUCAAGACUGUCUCAAAAUAAAACACUUCUCCUUUAAGACAUAAAAAAAGCUCUUUACCUGACUUGCUUUUCAAAGAUGGCUAGAAAUGCACACAUUUUGUGCUCUUGUUGGAAGCAACCACUCCCCCAUUGUUGCCUAGAAAUGAGCUAUAACUGGGCUAAUAACUCACUAACUAGCAAAGAAUAUGAACAAAUGUACACACGUGGCUACAUACAGCUCUCACUUUGAACUCAAAACAAGCGCAUCUACUCGCGACCGCUCAUACUGUAGCCUAAACACAGUCCAGUUCAAAGUGAAUGGCACAGAUCCAUAUAUGGCAAUGGCUAUUUGUAUAUAGGCCUACUGCAGCUCUAAUUGGUUAUGGCGCAACCAAUCUGUGCCUGAGUUGUACCUGUCAAUGCAACAGCAUCACACUAAAAUAUGCUCUGCCUGAAAGAAAAUCUCUUGCACAGUUACUUUUGCAUACUAAAUCUUGCAUAGUUUGUUUUGUUUCAGAAUAUUACAUUGAAAGUGGCUAAUAUUGCGUUGAUUUGAUCACAGUUCCCACAGUUGAGGGAAACGUUGAUAGUGUUCAUUAAAGGGGGAAAAUGUAGAAAGUUGAAUGAAGUUCAAUUUAGUGCUUCUCUGCGCGGGCACAUAUUUCUUCUGCGUGGCAGUCCGGGGAGCUGCACGCCCGAGCACGCGCAUGCAUGCAGCUUAGAGGGAGCAUGGCCUGCAUCCGAUGGUCAGUCUGAGGGGAGGGAGGGAGCAGAGGUGAGGCUGCCUCUCACCCGCCUCACCGUCCCUCCACCCUCUUUCCCUCCGAUGAGAAAAGGGGACACCGUCUUCCAGCUGAUGGCGAAACUCAAGUCGCAAAGCAUUAAUUCUGCCUCAUGCACUAAUUCAUGUUGUUACUCCUAUGACCAGAGAAAGUUAAAUAUUCCUCGACAUUAAAAAAGACACAAGCCGCUAAUAAUAACAACGCAAGCUUAUCGAACACUUUGCUAUACUCAUUCAUUACAGCUGCAGUACUGGUUGUAAAGUGUGGAAGUAGGGAGAACUCGCAUUUUAUGGCUUAUAAAAGUGUUGAAUACACAGUGUUGACAGUGCUGAAUAACAACUUAAACAUGAACUUACACAUAAAAAUAGCAGCUCUUUGCUGUAGUCGUUGAGUUUUGAAAUCUCACAUUAUCAACUUUGCUGUGCGUUCGAGGCUUCUUUUUACAGUCUAUGGCUCAAGGAAACUGUGCAGACACAGUGAUCUGAGCUAUCUGAUUGGCCUGCGGUAGGCCUACAGGUGCACUUGAUUUGCUGUCUGGGCCUUCCGGGUAGGCGGAGUUCUACCUUCAGACACAUGAAAUGGUUCAAAUUGGGAACACUUUGCCGUCCUGGCGCUAGGGCUUCUGAAUCAAGUGCACCUACCUCCAACAGCGCGAAACAAAUAAUAGGAACGCAAGGCUUUAUCGUUGGGUUUUUUACAGAAAUGUUUGGGGAUCGACUAGGAAUGCCUUGGAGAUCGACCUGUCGAUCGUGAUCGACCAGUUGGUGACCACUGCUCUACAGUAACACAAUACUCUGUCUCCACAGUAACACAAGACUCUGCCUCUACAGUAACACAAGACUCUGUCUCCACAGUAACACAAGACUCUGCCUCUACAGUAACACAAGACUCUGCCUCUACAGUAACACAAGACUCUGCCUCUACAGUAACACAAGACUCUGUCUCUACAGUAGCACAAGACUCUGCCUCUACAGUAGCACAAGACUCUGUCUCUACAGUAACACAAGACUCUGCCUCUACAGUAACACAAGACUCUGCCUCUACAGUAGCACAAGACUCUGCCUCUACAGUAGCACAAGACUCUGUCUCCACAGUAACACAAGACUCUGUCUCCACAGACAGAAUCCGCAUCAGCAGGGUGAAAAUGUCUGAGCAUUUACGUAAUGUCAGUGUCUGUCGUUGAGAGCGUAUUGUGAGGUUGUCAAGUUACUUUGUUUAGUUUUAUUGCAACAAUAAUAUUCAUCAUGUUUUAACAUUGUGGCCUCAUGUUAGUCCUUAAUAGCCCCCAUGUUGUUCUGUUUGGUUGUGUGUUCAUGAUUUGCUCAGGAGUUGUGAAUGUGUGCAGUGUUGGUAUGGUUGUGUUGUGUUCAGGAUGUUGUUGUGGUUCUGAAUAGCUCAUUACAUGAUUGUGUUGAGUUCAUGAUUGGUUGGUGGUUGAGUUCACAAAAUAGUUGUGGUUGUGUUGAGUUCAUGAAGUGGCUGUGGUUGAUGACCAUGUUUUCUUAUCCCUGACCGCAAGUUGAUCAUAUCCCAGAACCAGACAUUGCUUCUGUGUCUUUGCUUUUAUGAGACUGUCUUUAUGGUUGUGGUCUUGACCGUGUGUGUUCAUGCCUCCAGUUCCCUGACCAGGAGUUGACCCCAGACCAGAGGAACAUAGUGUGGAACAGCAGACAGGGCUUCCUCAUCCACAGUCCCACCUACUUCUACAUCGGCCUGUUCUCCUGCAAGACCACUGUCAACGGGACCACACACUCCCUCAGUUACCUCACACACAGACAA